GUGGGGGGGUGUUUGACUCCUGUCUCCCCACCCCCAGCCCGUACGGAGUGGCUUUAGGAAGAAAAGAAUCCAAACCUGCAACUCGGAGAUAACGAGACACACACCAAUAAAGAGAUACACAUUUGGAGAUCCGCGCGCGGCGGUGUCGCGCACGGAUUAUUAUAGGGCAUUUUAUUUUUCUUUCACUGAGGAGAUUCUGGCUUGGAGCGUCUGAUCUUGGGGGGGAAGGAAUACAAAUGUACGGAGAAUAAAAGGAGUAUUUCAUACGUGCUCUCUCCGCUAACAAGUGACUGCCGCUGGAGAAAGUGGAAUAUAGUGUUUUUUUUCUGCCGCAGGAGAUUCAACGUAACUGUUUAUUUUUAUUUGCUCUGAGGGAACUGACCGCUUACCUCGAGCAUACGGAUUUAAAACCUAUCCCCAGUAAACCAACUGAGGGGGGUAGUCUCAAAAGUACUUUUCUCACGCCGCUGAAAGCGUCAAGCUGUCCUGCUUGAAGACCCCACACGUCCUCGUGCAGUUGGGGCCUCGGCUCUUCGGCCAGGUCAAAGGUCACUCCGACCCUACCCUCCCCCUCCCCCUCCCCCUUCCCAACCAGAGCCAAGAUGGCCACCAGUGGUGCCCUGCGCAUCUCCUUGCAAGUCCUGCUGCCUGUGAUCACUCUGCUGCUAUCACUGCUGCUCACCGGCUCCAACGCCACACUACCACGCUUCACAAAAGUUCCCGUUGACCAGAUUGGUGUCUCGGGGGGUGUGGUCUCCUUUGUCUGCCAGGCAACAGGUGACCCCAAGCCAAAGGUUAGUUGGAACAAAAAAGGAAAGAAGGUGAACUCCCAGCGUAUAGAGACCAUAGAGUUUGACGAGGGUGCCGGUGCCGUUCUGAGAAUCCAGCCUCUCCGAGCGCCACGUGACGAGAACGUCUACGAAUGCGUGGCUGAGAACAGCGAAGGCGAGAUUGUCACCAGCGCCAAGCUGUCCAUCAUCCGAGAGGACCUUCUUCCACCAGGCUUCCCUAUCAUUGACAUGGGGCCUCAGCUCAAAGUAGUGGAGCGCACUCGAACAGCCACCAUGCUCUGCGCCGCCAGUGGCAACCCUGACCCGGAAAUCACUUGGUACAAAGACUUCCUGCCGAUUGACCCCAGUGCAAGUAAUGGGCGAAUCAAACAGUUACGCUCAGAAACCUUUGAGGGUACCCCGAUUCGAGGUGCCUUGCAGAUCGAGAACAGCGAGGAGACGGACCAGGGGAAGUACGAGUGUGUGGCGUCUAACGUGGAAGGCGUGCGCUACUCGUCCCCUGCUAACCUUUAUGUGCGAGUCCGGCGGGUGCCUCCUCGCUUCUCCAUUCCACCAGCAAGUCAGGAAAUCAUGCCCGGUGGUAGCGUCAACAUAACGUGCGUGGCAGUGGGGUCGCCCAUGCCUUAUGUCAAAUGGAUGCUGAACGCUGAGGAUUUGACGCCAGAGGAUGAGAUGCCAGUGGGUAGAAAUGUUCUUGAACUGAGCAACGUUCGUGAGUCAGCCAACUACACCUGUGUCGCCAUGAGCAGCCUUGGGAUUAUUGAAGCUGUGGCGCAGAUCACUGUCAAAUCUCUCCCAAAGCCCCCAGGUACCCCCGUAGUUACGGAGACCACUGCCACCAGUGUGACCAUCACCUGGGACUCAGGAAACCCAGAUCCAGUGACAUACUAUAUCAUCCAAUAUAGGGCCAAGUCUCCAGACAGCAAAUAUGAAACUGUGGACGACAUCACCACUACACGUUACAGCAUUGGCGGCCUUUAUCCCAACACAGAGUAUGAAAUCCGUGUCUCAGCUGUCAACACAAUUGGCCAGGGUCCUCCUAGUGAGCCGGUAGAAACUCGGACUGGUGAACAAGCUCCCGCCAGUCCACCAAGAAACAUUAAGGCCCAGAUUCUUCCCCAAAAUACCAUGAUGGUUCAGUGGGAAGAGCCAGAGGAGCCCAAUGGGCAGAUUAAGGGCUACCGUGUUUAUUACACCAUGGAUAACUCCCAGCCCAUGAGCCUCUGGCAGAUCCAUAAUGUCCAGGACAGCCUUAUCACCACUAUCCAGAGCCUAGUUCCUCAAGAGACCUACACAAUCAAAGUUUUAGCAUUCACCUCUGUAGGGGAUGGACCUUUUUCAGAACCCAUCCAUGUCAAAGUACUGCAAGGAGUUCCAGGUCAACCAUCUAAAUUCCAGGUUGGUGCUGUGUCCGAUACCAGCAUUCAACUAACCUGGGAGCCCGCCUAUGAGAAAGAGGGAAUUAUAAGUUAUGAACUUCGUUAUAUGGAAAGCACUUUUGGAGGCCAGAUGAAGAAAACAUUUGGACCCACAACUUCAUAUGUUGUGGAAGGUCUCCGUCCCAACACAGAGUAUCGCUUCUCCCUGGCAGCCAUCUCUAACAAAGGCAUCGGAGCCUUCACAAAUGACAUUACGCAGAAGACCUUGCAAGCGAAGCCCUCAGCUCCCCCUCAAGAAGUUAAGUGCAGCAGCACCAGCUCUACCACCCUGUUGGUAAGUUGGCGCCCCCCACCUUUGGAGAGUCAGAAUGGUGCCCUGGUGGGGUAUAGGGUGCGCUACCAGGUGGUGGGCCAGUCAGAAGGGGCCGGUGACAACGAGGAACCGCUGGAGGAGCCCAUGAUGCCUGCCACUGAGGAGCAGGUGUUGCUUCAGCGAUUAGAGAAGUGGACCCAGUACCGUGUCACGGUGUCUGCCUCCACUGUGAUUGGGCCUGGCCCCGAGAGCGAGCCCCUCGUCUGUCGGACCGACGAAGAUGUUCCUGGGGCUCCUCCAAGACGGGUGGAGGUGGAGGUGAUCAACUCCACAGCAAUUAAGGUGAUGUGGCGUUCUCUUACGCCAGGCAAGCAGCACGGACAGAUCCGUGGCUACCAGGUUCAUUACGUGCGUGUGGAAAACGGCGAGUCUCGAGGCCUGCCUCUCAUCAAGGAUGUGAUGCUGGCUGAUGCCCAGGAAAUGGUCAUUGGAGGACUCAAGCCAGAAACCACUUACUCCAUCACAGUGGCAGCAUACACCACCAAGGGGGAUGGUGCUCGGAGCAAACCCAAACUGGUGGUGACCAAAGGCGCAGUACCUGGUCCGCCCUAUCUGUCAGUGGCUCAGGACUCAGAGACAUCAGCCGUGGCUCGCUGGGAUCCUCCAGAUCUAACCAAUGGCAUGGACCUGCAGGGUUACCGGCUCCAGUUUGGCAGAAAAGAUGUCUCUCCUUUGGCCACACUGGAAUUUGCUCCCCAAGAGCGGCAGUACUCUGUGGGCAACAUUCACCGGGGGGCCAUUUAUCUCUUUAAGAUCUCUGCCAAGAGCAGGGGUGGCUUUGGGGAAGAGGCUGUGGUAGAACUCAAUGUGCCUGAGAAUACGCCAGGGGGAUACCCACAAAUUAACGAGGGCUCCAAUGUGACAUGCUGCUCAGUGCAGCUGUCCUGGUCUCCACCAGUGCUGGCAGAGAGGAAUGGGGUAAUCACAGAGUACACUUUGGCCUAUAAAGAAGCUGGCACCAGAGAAGCUCCACGGGAACUCCACUUACCCCCCAGCCUCUACAGCUAUGUGCUCAACAGCCUCAAACCAAACUCAGCAUAUGACGUCAAAAUACGCGCACACACCAGUGUAGGUCCAGGGCCCUACAGCCCACCUAUCCAGUAUCGGACCGUGGCCUUUGAUCCAGCAGAUGUUCCAAAGAACUUCACUGUAAAGUGGGCCACCAAGUCCACAGCAGUCAUUGCUUGGAAGUUUUCUGAAAGCAGGUCCCCGUAUAAAUGCACUAUUGAGUAUAACCGCCAGAAGAUGGAUGUGGAUGCCAGGCAGCUGAAGGUGUUCGUCACUGGACUAAGACCUAACACCACCUAUGAGUUCACAGUGAUCUGUCAAGAAAGCAUAAAUGGUGGGCAAAGACAUCGGGUAAUAGCCAGGACAGCGCCACUCAUGCUGACCAGGAAACCCAAGUUGGACAUCUACAGUAACUCGGAUAACGCGCUCACCAUGUCCUUUCCAUCAGUUGACAGCAAGGAUGUCAAGAACUUCUACGUAGUAGUGGUGCCGCUUAAGAAGACCCCAGGAACUGUUAAAAACUUGAAAAGCCCUGAUGAGAUAGACAUAGAAGAGCUGUUGAGGGAGGUGAAUCCAAAGCGCCGUUCACGCCGUCAGCUGGCACAGCUGGACCAGAAGAAGCCCUACAUCAUAGCCUGCUUCAGGCUGCUGCCCAACAGCUUCACAGUAGGAUCUGAAAACCGCCACAGUAACUGUGAGAACAAGCCUCUUGAACCUGGCCAGGAGUAUGUCUUCUUCCUGCUGGCUGAACUCAAUGCCACCAGUGGGAAAAUGUUUGCAGCAAGCCCGUAUACCGACACGGUGGUGACUCCUGAGCUGGUCGUGGACCCUUUGCCAGUAGACGCUGGAGAUGGUCUCAUAUGGGUGUUGGGCCCCGUCCUGGCUGUUGUCUUCAUUAUCUGCAUCGUCAUCGCCAUUCUUCUGUAUAAAAACCACAAAAGAAAAGAGUCGGAGCCACGCACGAAAUGUCUGCUGAACAACGCAGACAUGACACCCCAUCACCCCACAGACCCCGUGGAGGUGAGACGCAUCAACUUCCAAACUCCAGAUUCUGGUCUAAGCAGUCCUCAGAGUGAAGCAGAUUUUGACUAUGAAAGUAUGAUGAAUCAUCCUCCUAUCCCUAUCUCAGAGCUGGCUGAACACACAGAGCUUCUCAAGGCCAACGACAACCUCAAACUCUCCCAGGAAUACGAGUCUAUUGAUCCAGGCCAGCAGUUCACCUGGGAGCACUCCAACCUGGAGGUGAACAAGCCCAAGAAUCGUUACGCCAACGUCAUCGCCUACGACCACUCACGUGUCAUCCUGGCUCCCAUAGAGGGUAUAACAGGCAGCGAUUACAUCAACGCUAACUACAUUGAUGGCUACAGGAAGCAGAAUGCCUACAUUGCCACCCAAGGACCUUUACCAGAGACAUUUGGAGACUUCUGGAGGAUGGUGUGGGAACAGAGAGCAGCCACUAUUGUCAUGAUGACCAGGCUGGAAGAGAAGUCGCGGAUUAAGUGUGAUCAGUACUGGCCAAGCCGAGGUACAGAGACCUACGGUAUGACCCAAGUGACCCUUUUGGACACGAUAGAAUUGGCCACUUUCUGCGUGCGCACCUUCUCUUUGCACAAGAAUGGUUCGAGUGAGAAGCGGGAGGUUCGUCAGUUCCAGUUCACCGCCUGGCCUGACCACGGUGUACCAGAGUACCCAACCCCAUUCCUGGCCUUCCUCCGUCGGGUGAAGACUUGCAAUCCGCCUGACGCUGGACCAAUCAUUGCUCACUGCAGCGCGGGUGUCGGGCGGACGGGCUGCUUCAUCGUCAUCGACGCCAUGCUGGAGCGCAUCAAGCACGAGAAGACGGUCGACAUUUACGGCCAUGUGACACUUAUGCGAUCGCAGCGGAACUACAUGGUGCAGACUGAAGACCAGUACAGCUUCAUUCAUGACGCACUGCUGGAGGCGGUGGCCUGUGGAAACACUGAGGUGGCUGCCCGGAGCCUGUAUUCUUACAUCCAGAAGCUUGCCCAGGUGGAGAGCGGUGAGCACGUCACUGGCAUGGAGCUGGAGUUCAAGCGUUUGGCCAACUCCAAAGCCCACACGUCGCGCUUCAUCAGUGCCAACCUUCCCUGCAACAAGUUCAAAAAUCGGCUGGUUAACAUCAUGCCCUACGAGACCACUCGUGUUUGCCUGCAGCCAAUCAGAGGCCUGGAAGGAUCCGACUACAUCAAUGCCAGCUUUAUUGAUGGAUACAGGCAACAGAAAGCCUACAUUGCCACGCAGGGCCCUCUGGCGGAGACUACAGAAGACUUCUGGAGAAUGCUCUGGGAGAACAACUCUACUAUUGUAGUCAUGUUGACCAAACUUAGAGAGAUGGGAAGGGAAAAAUGUCACCAGUACUGGCCUGCAGAGCGCUCUGCCAGGUAUCAGUACUUUGUGGUAGAUCCCAUGGCAGAGUAUAACAUGCCUCAGUACAUCCUCAGAGAGUUCAAGGUCACAGACGCCAGGGAUGGCCAGUCCAGAACAGUAAGGCAGUUCCAGUUUACUGAUUGGCCAGAGCAAGGCGUGCCCAAAUCGGGGGAAGGAUUCAUUGAUUUUAUUGGCCAGGUGCAUAAAACCAAGGAGCAGUUUGGGCAGGAUGGCCCAAUCUCUGUCCACUGCAGUGCUGGCGUGGGCAGGACCGGAGUCUUUAUCACCCUUAGCAUCGUCCUGGAAAGGAUGCGUUACGAAGGUGUGGUUGAUAUUUUCCAAACGGUGAAGAUGCUCCGAACACAGAGGCCAGCUAUGGUCCAAACUGAGGAUGAGUAUCAAUUCUGCUAUCACGCAGCUCUGGAGUACUUAGGAAGCUUUGAUCACUAUGCAACGUAAAAAGCCAUCUCCCCCCCCUCCCCCUCCUCCGAAUCCUGUUGCCCCACCCCCCACCUCAACAGCCUCUUGAGCCAUAGGAACUAAAAUUUAAAACGACAGCAGACAACCACAUCGCCACCGCCAAUUCAGCCACAUCAAACAGGAUCUCCUAGAUUUUUUUUUUUUUUUUGAAGACAACACCCGGUCCAACCAGUUCAGAGUCCAAUUCGACUUUUCAGACACAAGAAGGAAACACAAGAAAAUUGCCCAUCAUCUCAAGUAAAGAAGAUCCUCGGCAGGGGAGGAACCAGACGCUGUGGCUCAAGAUGUGGGGCGGGUAUUGAUCAAAGUGUCAGACUGCUUACCUUACCUCAAGUGUUUCAAUGUGGAGGACAUUGUAAACAUUCGUGGACAUUUCUCCUCUCAAAAAAUAUCUUCGUGACACAACAGCAACAAGUGACAGAUGACGAAGGAAAAAGAAGGCAAAAAAAAUACAAAUAAAAAUUUAAAAAUCACUGAGAAGCAGAUGGAUGUAGCCAAGACUUGGUGACUAUCUUGUUUUUUGAUAUGCUCGGGUGUAAAAGGGGUUCAAGUAUUUCCAUCAACACAGUGUGUGAGUAAUAUUGUGAGAAAUGAAGAAACUGGUUGCCUGCAUAAAAGAUUUAUCAAACUGUAGAAAAAAAUGAAACAAAAGAAACCGAAAAGGACAAGUUCACUCACAUUCGGCACUAAAUCCUUCAAGAAAACCUAAAGUUUUUACAGUAUUUUGUGUGGGAUAACACUCGACUAUUAAACCGACUUCUUCUUGAGCACUGAGAGCUAAAAGAAGACACUUUUUGGUUUUCUAGCAGUUGUGAGGAUGAAAACAGCGACACAUUUCUUAAAACGUGCUAAUUGCAUCAGUUGUGAAUUUGUGUAAAAUCAGUAUCCUCAGCCAGGUAACCGCAGGAAUGUUGCAACACGCCAGUAUAUUAACAGUGCAAAGAACAGUCACCGGAUAAAAGCCUCGCCUGCUGCACGAAGCUUCCGCCGCGUCGUCUUGCGUGAGGCCAAGGUGAGACAAGCGGCAGCCGUGUCCCGUGAUUUUUUUUCUCUCUUUUGUCUUUUUUUUUAACAAUCGCUCCUCUCUUUGGAACCACUACAUCGUGGGGUUGCGGUUUCAACAUCCACCGUUUUGAACAAGAGAUAAACCUGGUGGGGGGGGGGAAGGCUUUGGAACAAAAAUGGAACAACCAAACAAGGAUUGCCGCAAAAGUGAGGGCUCUCUUUGUGUACAGUGACCAACGCUCAUCGUCAUCCUUCAGAACUUUGUCUAAUGAGGAAUUAUCUCGUUUUUCUGUUUUUUUUAUUAUUAUGAUUUUCUGUCAAAACCAAACAUGCUGCUUAUCUCGUGUAUGCCGUACGUGUGACUUUGGAAGGAGAGGAAACUGAUGAAUCAAAGAUGCCAUCUCUGAUAACUGGCAUGACUGAAAGCGCAUCCACUUGACAUCAUCGUCCACGCCUCCUUUCCCCUCCCUCUCGCCCAGCCUCCUCUAUAAUUAUCUAUAUCAUUGUAUAAGACACUCAAGUGGCAAAGGCCUGCUGCAGUUACCAAGCUGCACAUCAGUGUGGUUGAAAAAUUGGCCUUUAGUUCCACUGUUUGUGUGUUUUGGUGACAGGUGGAUACAUUUAAACAAAAAAAAAGAAAAAAAACAGAUGCUUUGGUAUUUGCCCUCCGUUUUCAAGGUGAUGUCUCUGUGGGUGACACAGCCAAACCAAGGAGCCAUGAUGGAUCUCGACGCUGUGAUGCGUUCCUGAAAGUCUCCAGUACAAGCUACUUGCAUAUCCCCAAAUGAAACAGAAUAAACUUUAAAGGUAUUACCCCCCGCCAACCCCUCCCUCCCCUCCCAGAACAACUGCAGGUCGACACACUUGUGUAUGUGUGUGAUUUAAAAAGAAAAAUCAAGCUUUUGAGAUCACCGGGUUUUCAUUUCGAGAACAGCGCUUUGGUAUACGCGAGCGUUACGGAUCCCGCGCAGGUUUCCGGUGGGUGUGCACAAAAGCCGGAGCGAUGGACAGAACUGUGUGUAAUCUUUUCUUAUUUCCAAAAAAGCCUUAUUGUUAUUGUAACAUUACGAAAACAUUAAUGUUGUAUUAUGACGACUUAUUUUACACUACAUAGUUGACUUUUUAUUAUGUUUUUGGUUGUUGUUUUUUUUUCAGUUUAGUUUUCUAACAGAUGUUGUAUCAUUUUUUAAAAUUAGCAGGAAAAGAGAAAUGCUUAUCUGUUCAUAUUAUGUUUAAAGACAUUCUAUUUUUUCACUGUAGAAAUGUUAAGUAUAACAUGGCUGUGUGCUUGUGCGCAUAUAUGUAUGCAUUUAUGUGUACUGCGCACUCACACAUUCAUAUAUAUUUAAAUGCAGAAUAUGAAGAUAUAUCCAAACCUUAGUAUGAAUUAUAUGUUUCUCCUCAUCAUCUUUUUUGUUUUUUAAAUCUGUCAGUUCUCAUGCUUGAAAAUAUGAUUUUAUUUCAUUUUGUUUUUCUUUGUGUGUGUUUUUUUAAUAUAUACAUAUAUAUAUAAAUAUAUAAUCUUAGAGACCUUGUGUGUUUCUUAAUGGAAGCUGAGGGAAGCACUAUGCCUGAAUCCUCUGCCUCCACUCACCAUUGCUCUUCUACCUGAGGGUAGAACCUGUGCCGAUGAGGAGAUGCCAUUUUUUAUUUUAUUUUAUUAUUUUUUUGUCGUUUUUCUUUUUUCUUUUGAGCAACUGUUGAUGAAGUGAUCUACAAAAUAUCAAUCAAAUAUUUCAAAACUGACCCUUUUUUCUUACCUAUAUAGGACCAACUUGACGAACUGUAUCUUGUAUGAUCAUGGUCAGGCUAUGACCCUCGCAGUUUAAGAAAAUCCUCUUCAAGUUCUGUUUUCUUUUUUUAAUUUUUCAGACAUAAUGUGGCCAUUCAUUUUGUUAGAUAUCCACUAUGAUCUAGAGUAUACCUGUAAAUAAACAAAUAUAUAGAUUAUAUGUAUUUGUAUCAUUUGACCUUCAAGAUCUCAUACUUUAAGUGGGGAGAGAAAUACAAAAAUCAAAGUCCUUCUCACAUGCUGGUGGUUGUAGAGCCUGCUUUCUGAAACCUCUCUUCUCCAGUCCUGCUCCCUGGUCUUUAAUUACCACUCACUUUUCUUCUGACUUUAAUUUCCCCUGCUAGGAGUUGAAAUGGGAAACAUGCCAGCCUCUGUUCUCAUACCUAUAGCCUCAAUGAGAGCACGAAAUCAGCACCAGUGAUCUGCUGGUAUAAUUUAACCGAGCCUGGGAGGUUAGUCCUUUCUAUCAACUAUUUGAAUUGCUAAUCAAUCAUUAUUUCAAGGACCUGUUACAUUGUUAUUCUAGGUGUAAGACAGAGUGGAGCAACUAAAGGGUGUUUUUGAAAAAGAAAUAUUGUCUUAAAAUAAUUAUCAAACAAAAGAUUAAUCACAAAGGCGUAAAUUCUUAAAGCCACAGCUACGGUAAAAACGCUGGAGGCAUCCUUCAUUCCUUAACACUUUCCACAAAACCCCCAGAAGAUAUCCAACUGUUCAACUACCUAAAAUGCCAAGGUGUUAAUCCAUAAAUAUAUCAUUACCUGAUGAGCAAAUACAGCUAUGCUAAAGGCCAAACAUGGUUCAGUUGCAACAUGACACGUUGAUUUAUUGUCUCCCCGGUGCAUUUUUUUAAGCCUUGAACACAACCAUACUGUGUUUUUGUUUGGUUUUUGUUUUUUUUCUUUGACCAUGCUUCAUUGUGGGAUGCAGAAAGAAAUCAGGACUCAGUGAAAGAUAGCAGAGUGAUGCAACCAAGGAAAGACCAAGACAACCAAAAACGUGCUGCAAAUUCACAUUUCCAGCAUGUCAUUUCUGAACAGUGGGAACCUUGAGAUGUUUCAUAAUGAACUCAAAGCCUAAGAUGAAAGACGCUGGAAUUCAGUGAGGCUGAUGAGAAAGGGCCCAGGCCAAAACUGAAACCAUGGAAGUCUUUCAAAGCUUGUGCAAUGUGUUACGUUUUUUUUGACUUAAUGUGAAGAUGUUAGGCUUUUGAAAACAAACCGCCAAAUUUGCAGGAGUAUGUUGAAUAUUUCGGGGGAAGAGGGGAAAUAACAAAAGAUGAACCCUGACUUAAAAAAUGAAAUCAAAAUAACAGAACGUAUACAGUACGACAAAUUGGAAAAAAUAAAAACAACCCAAAUUCAGAAAAAUACUUUUUUUGUAUGAGGGCCAAGUGCUAUCACUUUCAAACUGUUACUUCUAACUGAAACAAUAAUUGGUUUAAAGCCACUGUGUAUGUAGAUAUGUUGACUUUGUAUUAAAGAAAUGUUGUCUGAAAACCA